CCUGAUUGGUUGUUCAGAGGUCACUUGUGUUCACUACCUGGCGCCAAUUUGAAUGUUUUUUGCUUAUGUCUAUGGUUGUUUGCACCAGAGUGAGUCCCACUGCUGAACUGUCGGAUUGUUGCUGUGAAGGAAAGUAAAAAAGGGAUUGAAAAAUGUCCUCCUCGACGAUCAAACGGGAUAUAGUGAGGAUGCUGAAUGAUCUGAGUAAGGAGGAUUUUCUUACAUUUUGUAACCAGCUGAGAGAUCGCAGAGAAGAUCCGCGGGUCAGCCUCAGCGCUGUGGAGGGCAAGAGACGAUGGGAUAUCGCAGACGUCAUGGUUUCAACCUUCACGGAACCAAAAGCUCUUCAGGUAGCUCUCCAAAUACUGAGACAGAUGGACCGGAACGAGGAGGCGAAGACACUGGAGUCAAAGACCAAAGUCUGUGUGGACAAAGGUGACCCCACCCUCCGAAGGACGUCGAAGGGAGAGCUGGAGCUGAAGCCCUCAGAGGAGGCUCUGAAACAUGCGCCAUGUCGUCCCUUACAGGCUGCUCAGAAGGGAGUUCCUUUGGUGAAGAAGAAGCCAGAGGAGGUGAUGGCUGAGGCGAAAGCUUGUGUUCUCUCAGAGGGUGGGGACCCCUGUAAUGAGUGGCUUCUUCUGAGCAAAGUUGCGCUUCAGUUUGGCCAGUAUAAAGGUCAAACCUUUAAAUGGCUGCUGGAGAACGAUGUAAGCUACACUGUCUAUUUGGUCGCUGGCCUCCAGAAGGAGAAAAGGUCAUCUUCCCCACAGGACCCACUGACGGCCAACAAGGAUUGCUUGGUCAAAUAUGCAAAGGCUUACCCUGAGGUUAUGAAAAAAGUCAGACUCCGAAGUGUGUACAAAAGAGCCAAGUCAAGCUACAGCCCAGGACAACCACCACGCAGAAGACAGCGAAGAAACCAGGGAUACAGGAGGAAGAAAAAGUUUUAUGGAUAAGAAAUUAAGUUUUGAGACAAAAUAAGUUUUAAAAACACGAACAUUAUGUUGUUGUUUUGUUUUUUUGUUCCCUUUUUUCAGCUUACAGAGGGGAUGACAACAAAAAUCCCUUAAUCUAAGAAAAAGUUUGUCACUGAUAAAUUCCACUGAAUUUAAGGAAGAAGGUUUAUAUUUUAAAAUUUUUAAAAAAGCACAUUAAAUGGUAGACAACACACCAACAGUAACACAAUAGUUAUAUUUAUUCUGAUCAAGUCAUCUGAUUGGACAAGACUCAUUCUGUUAGAGCUGAUAUUGAGUCCAACAGCACUGACUUUUCAAUACAACAAAAUCUCAAUUCAGAGGAUACAUGCUUCAAAGGAUCCCGUCUAUUAAGGAUACAUGCUUUAUAACCAUGUGGACCACUAAGGUCUACCUUAAAGGACACAGUCUGGCCUCUGGAGGAUUCCCUGUAUAUGUCUCUAGCUGUUCCCACCUUACUGUUUUUUUUAUUAAUUAUUCCACGGUUAAUAAAGUCUAUGAUUUUAUUUUAUCAAUCCAACUCUGCUUCCCUCUGUAAAGCGCUCUAAAUUGCUCCAGUGUUUAAAUUGUGCUGCAAAAAUAAACAUGCCUUGCCUUUCUCACAACA